GAUCUACGUAGCUAGUUCCAAGGACAGCCAGGGCUGUUAUACAGAGAAACUCUGUCUUGAAAACCAAAACCAAAACAACAGCAAAAUUCUACCUAGAAAAUAGGAAAAGAUUUUCAAAUGAUUCCAUGAUCCCCACGUAAGACUUUCAGGAUCUCUAAGGUGUAGGUUGUCCAGGGAAGGCUGCUAGAAUCCAGCACAGUCACACACGAGGACAGUGAGCCUGUUUGACAGUGGAACACACUCACUGGCACUGGCUGUUAGCCAGGUGUAUGCAUGAGCACACUGGGCAGGGUGUCACGUGAGGUCAGGAAGCACAGCUCUCCUCCGUACCACCCCUCCAAAAAUGUUUAGUCUGGACCCAGUCCUGAGCAGACGACCGGAACUUAUCUGGACUCCUUUUCAAAAGGAAAUCCAUAGAGACGUGAGGACAGUUAUAGAUGAAAGACAGAAUUACCAACAGUGGUACUUGAAACAAAUGAAAAAUAUUUGUGGAGCUAUAAGAGAAAUUGCUUAAAUAUUUAAAUAGAAAAUGAAUUAAAAUAAUCUUAAAUUAUGAGACUAUGAGAGGAAAUUUUGAGACCUUUAAAACAUAAAUUCAAGCAAUUAUUUUGCAGGAGUGAUGCAGAAUUUCUCUGUGUAAGCCCUGGCUGUCCUGGAACUCGCUCUGUAGACCAGGCUGGCCUCGAACUCACAGAGAUCCUUCUUCUUCUUGCCUCCCCAGUGCUAGGAUUAAAGGCGUGUACCACCACUGCCCGGUGACUUUAUAGUUCUUGAUGGUUAAAUAAUCGUGGGGAAAUAAAUUAUGAAAUAUAGAUUAGUGCCUGAGUUUCUCUCGUAAUUUUAGUGAGUGGGGGCGGGGCAGUGGAGGAGGGGAGAGAUGUGCAAGUAAUUGUCUAAAGUAAUUGUCUAUUUUCUCCCUUUUCUUCUGUUUUUCUUUUCCUCAAUUUCCCUAACUGCAUGCAGCUCCUGACCACCAUAGAGAAAGCUAGGGCUGAGGCCUGUCCCUCCUCUCCCGAGGCCGAUGGAAUGGUAUUUAUUGCUCAUACUUAGGUCUUCCAGUCUAAAUACUGGCGGCCUCUUCUGCUCAGCUAGUGUUUUUACUGCCCUGAGUCUUCAAGCUGUUGCUAUGGUUGUUGGUACUAAUUUGACAAUCAGGUAAAAAGUAAAUAUAUAUAUAUAUAUAUAUAUAUAUAUAUAUAUAUAUAUAUAUAUUUAAAUGUAAACGGGACAGAGCAAAGGGGUGUGCUGCUCAGCGCCACACAGUGAAGCGCGCACUCCUGUCUGCCAGUUCGCUGGCAGAGCUAUGCAGGCCAUGGUCAGAUGUGUCUGCUGCCCCGCGCUGGGCCUGUGCAAUUUUACUCUGAGUAAAACAUCGCGAUGAUCAAAAAGGGCCGUGAUGUUUUGUUUUCUAGAAGUGAUUAAGGGGCAAAGAAAGUGUGAAACGAACACCACGUCUUAAAGUUUAUGUAGAGAAAACAUCAGAAACUUAAACUUCUGUCCGUAGUGUAAAGCCCUGACAGGAAACAGGAGCCCUUGAGGAUUACACGCGGAAGGGAAGCUCGUCUCCAAAAAGGCUCUUAAAACUUUGCGCCUAGCAUUUCUAGGGGUGCGCCCCAGUGGGACUGCAGUGUCUUUGCUCCUGUUUAUUUACCUUGGGCAUGUUGCUUUCGCCUUCUCUCAUCCCCUCUCACAUGAGGUAUAAGUUACCCUCGAGGCCCAAGGCAAAUACUCUCUUUUAUGAUGCUCCCCUUGCCAAAAUGUUGAUGUUCCUGACCUAAAACCUCUGUGUUUUGCUGGUAUAGCAUGUCCUACAUGUGCCAAACUGUAUAGGAGACCUGGCCCCCUAGCCAGCUCCUCCAUUCUUGAAAGCAACUCCUUUCUGUGCCAUAACACUUCAUGUAACACUUGGUGUCUGGCAAUUGUCAAUAGGGGCUUCAUAGGUUGGCCAAUGGAUACUAGUUCUUUGAUAUUGAAAUCUGUUACCUCAGGCCUGCAGAGAUGGCUCAGAUCCCUUGCCGUUCCUGCAGAGGACCUGGGUUUGAGUCCCAGCACCCACAUGGUGGUGCAUAACUGUAACUCCAGCUCUAGGAGAUCUGAUGCCCUCUUCUGGUCUCCAUGGACAGAUGUGCAGGUGCUGCACACGGAGAUCGGUGGUGGUGAACGCCUUUAAUCCCAGUACUCAGGAGGCAGAAUGCAGGCAGAUCUCUGUGAGUUCGAGGCCAGCCUGGUCUACAAGAGCUAGUUCCAGGACAGCUAAGGCAGUUACACACAGAAACCCUGUCUCGAACACGCCCCCCCAUAAAACCAACCAAUCAACAAAAUAAACAAACACCAAAAAAUGAAAUAUAGUCCUACGUUCUCAAAAGUCUCUCAAGGGUAGUCAGGUUGCUGUUAAAAUUGAAAUAUUCACUGGACUGCCUAUGAGCCACCACACCCUGUAACCAAAUGCGUUUACUUUAUCAGUAUUUCCAACUCUGCUGCCACGCCUUCUGGAGAACUCAGGUAGAGAUGCUUGCGGGCUGUUUCUGGAAUGUGUGUUUACUGACAUUUCGAAGCGGAAGCUCUUAUCCUUUCCCCUUUCUCGCAACCCCUAAAAAGCCCCAUAUUCCCACAUGCCCGGGUGCACGGUCCCUGCCAUCAGUCAGGGUGGGGUUAAGUUAUGACAAACAGCGUAAUAGUGCGGCUAACGUUUCUUAAGUAUUUCCCCCUUACGAAGGGCUCUCCCUUCAGCCCUUGGGACUGUUCUCUAUUUUAGGAUUGAGAAAACGAGUUUAGGCAGAUGGCUGGAAUGGAAGCAUGAGGGUGGGACUCAGCUCUAUAGCUCCAUAUUCUUGCUGGAUUAAGAUAAUCUUAAUCCCAGCACUCGAGAGACAGAGGUAGGAGGAUCUGUGAGUUCGAGGCCAGCCUGGUCUACAGAGCGGUUCCAGGACAGUCGGAGCUGUACACAGAGAAACCCUGUCUUGAAAAACAAAACGAACGAAAAGGGGGGAAGGAGGCGAUAAACUGCCUCUGUCUCUACCAAGAGCAGAAUUUAAAAGACCCCCACGCCUCUGCCUGCUUUCCCGUUUGUAUCUCCCACCCGUCACUCUCCACACAGCUGCAGGAGUGGUUGCCAGUCCCUAGCAGAGUCCGCUGUGCUGCAGGCAUGCAUUGCCAGAUAACCGGCUUCUGCAUUUUUUUUUUUCCUUUUAAAGGAAACACGGUAGUUUGGCACCGACUCUGUCACUUCUGAUUUAAUAGUACCUACCCCCAAAGGUAAUGCCAUCCCAAAUCAAAACCUCCUUGAAAGUCUUUCCUGCAGAACUUACCCCGCUUUCUGUGUCACGUCAAGGCUCUCUCUGCGAUGUUAUCAUUUCCUAUGACAUUUUCCUGUUUAGACCCCAGGGAUAGCGCCCAGAAGGCACAGGGACAUUAUUGGGUUCACCUCUCUCCUUCUCUUGUGCUUUUUCCAUUGGUUUAGGUAUUGUUAGAACUCAGAGGGUAGCUCACACACAUCUCCUUUAUCCACAUUUCAUACCUCAGCAAGAACUAGUUGCUCAGAUGGGUCCUUACAGAGAUCAGAGCUCCGAGGAAUGGGACCCAGGACAGAGAAAUGCAGCGUGACUUUCCCAGGGCCAUGAUUUUCAGCACCGACGAUUUUUUCUUCGGGGAAGAUGGUGCCUAUGAGUUCAACCCGGACUUCUUGGAGGAAGCUCACGAGUGGAACCAGAAGCGAGCAAGGAAAGCAAUGCAGAAUGGCAUAUCCCCCAUUAUUAUUGAUAACACCAACCUGCACGCCUGGGAAAUGAAGCCCUAUGCAGUCAUGGCACUUGAGAAUAACUAUGAAGUUAUAUUCCGAGAACCCGACACUCGCUGGAAAUUCAACGUUCAAGAGUUAGCAAGAAGAAACAUCCAUGGAGUCCCAAGAGAAAAAAUCCACCGAAUGAAAGAACGGUAUGAACACGAUGUUACCUUUCACAGUGUCCUUCAUGCAGAAAAGCCAAGCAGAGCGAACAGAAACCAGGAUAGGAACAGCGCGCCUUCCAGUGGCUCUGGGUACUGGAACACCUACACAGAGCUCCCCAACCGAAGGGCUCACGGCAGCUUCUCCAAUGAGAGCGUCAGAAGGGGUGGCUGUCACCAUGGAUAUUAGCUGUCUGUGCACAGCCACUGCAGAAUUUUCCUAAAGAAGUUUCUACUUCAAUUUUUGGUAUUUAUUCUUUGUUCAGUUUUAGCCAGAGCUCUAAUUCCAAUGUAAAUAGCCAAGCCCAGAAAUUUCUGAACAGAGGUCAUUAUAUUCAUUAUCUCCAACAAGCGAUGUCAGAAUGCGCCCAUAUGGCUUGAUGAUGGGGAUUCUGCUGAGGGCUCAAAGGUCUUUCUCUAGAGAAGGAGCUGAUUUGAAACCGAGAUCCAAGAUUAUCAAUUAGUUGCAGAGUCAUAAACAAGGUGUUCCUAGCACAUCUCUAUGGGCUACAGUACCACUGCCUUUGACAGAUCCAUCUUUUCCAUAAAGCUGGAGCGUGAGGAGGGGCGGAGGCGGAGGCAGGAAGCAGCUCAGUGCCCUUGCUGCUCUGACAGUCUGCAUCCAGAGGCCAGAGCCAUCACUCUAAUGGCACUGAUUUUCUUUUAGACUUAAUGCACAGAAGGGGAUGUUGUCCUUCAGGGCACCAUUAGGGGACUUUUCCCCCUUAUUUUAAGAUGUGUCACUGUUAAACACGCCUGUGAAUUCUCAGUACUAGGCCCCUAAGGAGAAUGAGUACCAUUACAGUCAGACCCUGCUGCGCUCAGCGGCAUCAGCGGGACAGACGCCCCCUCCCCUCUCCAGCUCGUAGUCUAACAAUGUAAAUAAUCUGCUUUCGCAAAACACCAGUUUUAAAGAGUCAUCAAGUGAUUUCUAAAAUGAUGCCUCUAGCGCGUGAUUAGUUAGCCACCGGAUGUUGAGGAGUGCAAAGCAAUGAAGCAGCCAGGGUUUAGGUCAUACAAGGAAUGUGAAAGUCACGCUCACUGAGAUCAGCAGGGUAUGUAUGUCAUUUGGAGUGCCCCUCAGAUCAGUUAUGAAUUUAUGAGUUCAAAUUAAAUCCCAGCAGGCUGGAAUCGGAUUCAUUUGGUACGAGACUGUGACAAGACCAUGUGGAAUGUGUGGUCUAUUUAUUUUUUGGCCAACAGCUUCUUUCUAAUGUUUUGUGAAAUAUUAUUUUAAGUGUCUUAUAUAAUGGUGCUUUUAUGGUUAUUAAAAUUGUAUAUGGUAUUGCAUUUA